GUGAUUGGGGGAUUAAGCGGACGUUCGGACGCAUCCAAAGAAACGGCGAUGUUUGUCUUAGAGCAAAAAUUAAAUGGAUCAAAGUUAUUAUUUCUUUUUUACCUCUCACAACAUGACGUCUGUGUUGACGUCCUGCGCCCUAAGACUGUGUUACAAUGAAGACAAUGUCGCCACCUGGUGGUUUGGAUGCUGAAGUUAGCAGAACAUGUGAACCGAUCACAGCUUCGUGUGGUAGCUAAUUGCGGGGUAUUGGCAUGGUUAGUCAGUUAGAAACACAUCAUCUGCUUUGCAUUCUCGCUAAACUCCAUCGUGUUUCACCUAUUCGGUCUGGAGAAGCAGGGAGGGCGGGUUACUAGGCUGGAAGAAACCGCUGCUGCUAGUGCUAGCUAAGCUAAGCUAACAUCAGGUAACCGCCUCCAGCGGUAGACCUACGGGACAAACACAAAGGAAAUGGCCACUGUUUCUAUUCCUGCCUGCACAACUGCACUUUUACUGGACAUCGAGGGAACCACCACGCCAAUCACGUUUGUUAAGGACAUACUGUUCCCUUACAUCGUAGAGCAUCUUGAGGAUCAUCUAUCGAAGCACUGGGAGGAAGAUGAAUGCAAACAAGAUGUUCAUCUGCUUAAAAAGCAGGCCAAGGCCAAAGCAGCGGAGGAAGCCGGUCUGAACGUCCUUGUGGUGGUGCGGCCUGGAAACAUGGAGCUGACGGAUGAGGAGAGCGCUCACUAUAACCUCAUUACCUCCUUUAGUCAACUUCAACUGACAGGACGAGCUUAACGCACACCCUUAUUUUGCCUUGUCUACUUUGCAUCCCCAACCUUUUUUUUUUUUCUCUAAUAUUUUUCACUCUUCUGUUCUUGAUUUUUGAGCGUUUGGAGGUACUGGGACUGUUUUUCGCUAACUGUGGCUAACCAGAGUCUUAAACAAGUAUUUGCACUCCUUCAACUUUUUCCCCUCAUUUUGUGUUUUGGAGUAUAAAAGUGAUGUUGGAGGAAAAUAAGCUACUUGAUUUAACUCCACCAUGAUUGACCGGAAGAUCCAUGUUCACUCCAUUGUUACAUGGCUUUGAGCAAAGAUUAAAGUCUGUAGUUUACCUGCACCUUUCCAGCACGGUUUUCCCCAUCAACUCCAGUCCAUAAUGAUCCCCUCAGCAUGAUAUUGCCAUUGCCGUGCUUCACAUUAGGAUAAUGUGUUCAGAGAAAGCUGCAGUCUUCUGAAUGCAUCUGGUUCCACUACGUUUAAUCAGGGGUAUCGAAGUAGAGCAAAUGACUAGAAAAAAAAUCCUGCCAUGUUUUGGUAAAAAUGUAAUAAAAUGUAGAAAAAGUUGAAGAGGUGUAAAUACUGGCGCUGUGUGACCCUGGUGAAAUCCUCAAUGGGAUGCCUUCUUUAUUUGUAUAAAGUGUUGUGAUAAAGUGAAAGACUGUCAUGGACUGGGAAACUGUGGAUGGGUGCUAUACAAUCACUGAAUCAUCAACAUGCCUGCGGAAAACUGCACAGAAACUGUGAGGUUACCCUUAAUGUUUCAUCUUUUCCACGGACCGUGUGUCCGACUGCCACUUUCCAGCUGUUCGUAUAAGAGCGUGAUGUAGCUGUUGCCAUUUUGUAAAGCGUUGUCUGCCUGUGGAGUUACCGGACAUGCUAAAGUCGAGCCUUGUUCUCCUGUUUUUUUUAGAAAGUAGAAUCACACUCUAGAAACACCCUGCUGUAGUACGGACAGAAAAUUCCCCACAUCUAACCGAUGUUGGAAAGUCUUAACUCGUCCCUUUUGCUCAGGCAUGGUGUCUGUUCAUAAUGUGCCAUCUGUUAAAUGUUAUGUCGAUGGUGGAAACUGUCCACACAGUAAACAGUUCUUAAUUAUGCCAGAGUGACGAUCAAAUCUGUAAACUGAGUUGGUAUUAAUCCAGAAAUAAACACUGUCAUUGUCUUGUUGUCUCAUAGUUUGGAUAAUCAAUUGGGUUUAAUAUUUGUUUCCUGUCUGCAGGGAGUUCCAGGUUCUCUCUAAAUUCCUGUUUCUUUCCCAUUAAAAAAAUAAAAUAAUAAAUUGUUACUCAAACAUUUUGAACUGAAAUAUUUAAAACUACUUUCACCUCAUAGAAAACU